AUGGCAACAGCGGAUCUACUGUAUGUUAUCCUUGAGGUCAUACUCUACCGGAUCAAUGAUUAUUAUUUCCCUGUCAAUUUCUUCCAUCUGACCGCUGUCUGUAAAAUUACCUCUGUGCUGCGCCGCGCUGCCACUGAUUGUUCUGUCUGGUUAACUGUCACUUUUACAUUUGAUCGAUUUGUUGCGAUUUGUUCCCAGAAGUUGAAAAUGAAAUAUUGCACCAAGAAAAUUGCAACAGCAGUUCUAGCAACAACAGGCAUUCUGGCCUGUUUCAAAAACAUUCCCACCUACUUCAGGUUUGAAUCUUACCAAAUCUUUAACAAUGUCGAGUGGUUCUGCAUGAACAAUGAAGCAUAUUAUUACGAUCCCAUAUGGAUAGGAUUCAAACGCUUUGAAAAGAUCUUAACUCCAAUGCUCCCAUUUGCUUUAAUUCUUUUGAUAAACGCUUUGACAGUCAGGCAAAUUUUAGUGGCCAGUCAGGCCCGUAAGAGACUGCAGGAUCAGAGCAAAGGGCAGAAUUCUUGUGACCCAGAGAUGGAGAGCAGAAGAAAGUCUAUUAUUUUUCUCUUCACGAUAUCCUGUGGUUUCAUCCUGCUGUGGCUGUGCUACCUUUUUGUAUAUUUUAAGACAUUCGAUCCAUUGUUCGAUAAAAAUUCUGAAUCUAUAUUCCGAUAUGUUGCAAAUAUGCUCCGUGAUAUAAACUGCUGCACAAACACAUUUAUUUAUGUAGCAACACUCUCCAAGUUCAGAGAGAAGUUCACAAACACGCUCAUGUGA